CUUGUGUCUCUAGUCCUAUGGUUUCUAGGUAGUGAGUUGAAGUAUUUCUUAUGGUCCUAUGGUCUCUAGAUGCUACAAUGCUGGCUCGACGAAAACAAGCACGAUCCCCUUCUAGAUACUACAAAUACAAUUUUUGUCGACUGCCAGAAUGCCAACUCGCAACAGGAACUCAUUGA